AUGCCGUUGCAGGCGCGCGGCUCGAAGGUAGAGCGCAAAGCGACAGACAACCUCCUCUCACCCAUCGCAUACGACGACGAUGCAUCCUCCAUCCACUCCCGAAGCGACCAAGACAGCGAUAGCGACGAUGAUCAACUUCAGCUUCGAGCGCGGAACAGCCAUGAGCUUCGGAAUGCUGACAGGCUCGUUCUGAUGGAGGAGGAGGAGACUGACAAGCUCGUCACCGAUACGCGGAAGAAGGAAGAGAAACGACGAAGGGGCUCGGGACUCAACGUCCCAAACCCGUUGAGCUUGCUUGGCCGUCGAGGAAGCAUGACUUCGCCCUUCUCUCCCUCGCCCUUGUCCCCCAACAGCUCGACCGCGGAUCUGCUGGCAGAGAAACGGAAGCGUCGAAAGGCCCGUCGGAAGGCCAAGAAGGACAGACUUAUCGAGGCAGCCAGCCAUGGCGAAGACGGGCAUCUGAUGUACGAGAUCGAGGAAGGUGGCCUCAAGGAGGGCAGUUCUACUGGUGAGAGCAGUGACCGGGAUGACAGCGACGAUAUGGCCGGUAUGAUGUCGCAUGAGAAAUUCAGACGACCGCACAUGAGUUGGUCGAGAUGGAUAUUCAUUCAUGGCUCGAUUGCGGCUGGCUUCAUAAUUCUUGCCCUUCUUGCGUGGAAUCUAUCAAAGCGUGCGCCGCCAGGACCUCCCGUUGCACUAUUCGUGAACAAGGAUCAUCUUGUUAGCAAUGGAACCGCGCUCUUUGCGCCUACAACAAUUAUCAUUAGUCUUGACGGUUUCAGAGCGGAUUUCUUACAACGGGGGAUCACACCGAGACUCAACGCAUUCGUCAAAGAAGGAGUGUCGCCCAAGUACAUGCUUCCGUCGUUCCCUUCCGUCACAUUCCCUAACCAUUAUACUCUCGCGACUGGUCUCUACCCUGAGAGCCACGGGAUUGUGGGCAAUACCUUUUGGGACCCUGAUCUGAAGGAGGAGUUUUAUUAUACACAUCCGAGCCAAAGUCUGGACCCGAAGUGGUGGGGCGGAGAGGCCUUUUGGACAACAGCUGAGCAACAGGGCGCCCGUGCUGCCAUUCACAUGUGGCCUGGAAGUGAGGCACACGUAAUGCAUGCCAAGCCGAGCUUCAUUGACAAGUACAAUGGUCAAGAGCUUCUCGGAAAUAAAGUAUCCAGAAUCAUGGAAUAUCUGGACAUGCCUGGCAAGGAUGACAAGACGGCUCGGGUUGAAGACACAAGGCCCCAGCUGAUUGCAGCAUACGUGCCCAACGUGGAUGCCUAUGGCCACCGCUACGGUCCAAAUAGCACGGAGAUUCUUGAAGCCAUUUCAGGCGUUGACAACAUGCUUGACGGUAUUUUCAAGGGUCUCGAACAACGAAAUCUGACACACAUUGUCAACGUCAUGGUUGUGUCGGACCAUGGCAUGGCAACCACGGACACGUCACGAGUGCUGCAGUUGGAGGAUCUCGUUGGGCCUAUUGAGAUUGAACAUACCGAUGGGUGGCCCCUGGUCGGCCUCCGACCUAAAAACCCCAGUGACGAAGAACAGCUCUAUGCGCAGCUCAAGAAAAAGGCAGUUGGUGCGCCUUUCGAAGUGUAUUCCCGGGAUAAGGAUAUGCCUGAGCGAUAUCACUUUUCUAAGAACCAUCGCAUUGCACCCGUGUGGAUUAUCCCCGAGACUGGGUGGGCUAUUGUGCACAAGAAGGAGUUCAACGUUGCAGAAGCUAAGGCGAAGGGGCUCGCUUACCAACCCCAUGGUCUGCACGGCUACGACCACGAGCAUCCUCUGAUGCGAGCAAUCUUUAUCGCCCGUGGUCCUGCAUUCCCCCACCCCUCGAAUAGCGAGAUUGAAGUAUUCCAAAACAUUGAAGUCUACAACAUGCUGUGCGAUUCGUUGGGCCUCGAACCUGCGCCCAACAAUGGAACACUACGGUUGCCUUUGAAAACUGUUGGCAUUCACAAGCCCGAGGACACGCCCGAGGUGCCCCAAGACCCAGUCACGACCACCAAGGCUCCUGAGAAGCCAACAACCUCGGCGAAGCCACAGCCAACAACUACAACGGCGUCAGGCAGCAAGGAGGAUUCGGAGAAGCCAGAUCAUCCCGGAGAGGGAGGAGGCGACAAGCCGUCGCAUGAUGAUGGUGGAGACAAGGGUGAGGGGGAUGAGGAAUCUGGCGGGAACGGGUUAUGGUCCUGGAUAAAGCACAAGGUGGGAAGUAUCUGGCAUAAAAUCACGGGAUCUGGCUAG